GCGGCUGCGCGCCUGCGCGAGGACGGGCGGCGGGGACGCGCGCGGCGGGGGCGGGCUUUGCUGAGCGCUGAGCUGCAGCCGGGGAGCCGGACGUGUCCACGAAGAUGGCGGGCCGGAGUAUGCAAGCUGCAAGAUGUCCUACAGAUGAAUUAUCUCUAACCAACUGUGCAGUUGUGAAUGAAAAGGAUUUCCAGUCUGGCCAGCAUGUGGUUGUGAGGACUUCUCCCAAUCACAGGUACACAUUCACACUGAGGACUCAUCCAUCAGUGGUUCCAGGAAGCAUUGCAUUCAGCUUACCUCAGCGAAAAUGGGCUGGACUUUCUAUUGGGCAAGAAAUAGAAGUCUCCUUAUAUACAUUUGACAAAGCCAAGCAAUGUAUUGGCACAAUGACCAUCGAGAUUGAUUUCCUGCAGAAAAAAAACAUUGACUCCAACCCUUAUGACACCGACAAGAUGGCAGCAGAAUUUAUUCAACAGUUCAACAACCAGACUUUUUCAGUGGGACAACAGCUUGUAUUUAGUUUCAAUGAAAAGCUUUUUGGCUUACUGGUGAAGGAUAUUGAAGCCAUGGAUCCUAGCAUCUUGAAGGGAGAGCCUGCGACAGGUAAAAGGCAGAAGAUUGAGGUGGGACUGGUUGUUGGAAAUAGUCAAGUUGCAUUUGAAAAAGCAGAAAAUUCAUCACUCAAUCUUAUUGGCAAAGCUAAAACCAAGGAAAAUCGCCAAUCUAUCAUCAAUCCUGACUGGAACUUUGAAAAAAUGGGAAUAGGAGGUCUGGACAAGGAAUUUUCAGACAUUUUUCGCAGAGCAUUUGCUUCCCGAGUAUUUCCUCCAGAGAUUGUGGAGCAGAUGGGUUGUAAACAUGUUAAAGGCAUCCUGUUGUAUGGACCUCCAGGUUGUGGUAAGACUCUCUUGGCUCGACAGAUUGGCAAGAUGUUGAAUGCAAGAGAGCCCAAGGUGGUCAAUGGGCCAGAAAUCCUUAACAAAUAUGUGGGAGAAUCAGAAGCUAAUAUUCGUAAACUCUUUGCUGAUGCUGAAGAGGAGCAGAGGAGGCUUGGUGCUAACAGUGGUUUGCAUAUCAUCAUCUUUGAUGAAAUUGAUGCCAUCUGCAAACAGAGAGGGAGCAUGGCUGGUAGCACAGGAGUUCAUGACACUGUCGUCAACCAGUUGCUGUCCAAAAUUGAUGGGGUAGAGCAGCUGAACAACAUCCUAGUCAUUGGAAUGACCAAUAGACCAGAUCUGAUAGAUGAGGCUCUCCUUCGACCUGGAAGACUGGAAGUUAAAAUGGAGAUAGGUUUGCCAGAUGAAAAAGGUCGACUACAGAUCUUGCAUAUCCACACAGCAAGGAUGAGAGGGCAUCAGUUACUCUCUGCUGAUGUAGACAUCAAAGAACUUGCCGUAGAGACCAAGAACUUCAGUGGUGCUGAACUGGAGGGUCUAGUGCGAGCAGCACAGUCCACUGCUAUGAACAGACACAUAAAGGCCAGUACUAAAGUGGAAGUGGACAUGGAGAAAGCGGAGAGCCUGCAGGUGACAAGAGGAGACUUCCUUGCUUCUUUGGAGAAUGAUAUCAAACCAGCAUUUGGCACAAACCAAGAAGAUUAUGCAAGUUACAUUAUGAAUGGUAUCAUCAAAUGGGGUGACCCAGUUACCCGAGUUCUGGAUGAUGGAGAGCUGCUGGUUCAGCAGACAAAAAACAGUGACCGCACACCAUUGGUCAGCGUCCUUUUAGAAGGCCCUCCUCAUAGUGGCAAGACUGCUUUAGCUGCAAAAAUUGCAGAGGAAUCCAACUUCCCCUUCAUCAAGAUCUGUUCUCCUGAUAAGAUGAUUGGCUUUUCUGAGACAGCCAAAUGUCAGGCCAUGAAGAAGAUCUUUGAUGAUGCGUACAAAUCCCAGCUCAGUUGUGUGGUUGUGGACGACAUUGAGAGAUUACUUGAUUAUGUUCCUAUUGGCCCUCGAUUUUCUAAUCUGGUAUUACAGGCUCUCCUUGUAUUACUGAAAAAGGCACCUCCUCAGGGCCGCAAGCUUCUUAUCAUUGGGACCACCAGCCGCAAAGAUGUUCUUCAGGAGAUGGAAAUGCUUAACGCUUUCAGCACCACCAUCCACGUGCCCAACAUUGCCACAGGAGAGCAGCUACUGGAAGCUUUGGAGCUUUUGGGCAACUUCAAGGAUAAGGAACGCACCACAAUUGCACAGCAAGUCAAAGGGAAGAAGGUCUGGAUAGGAAUCAAGAAGUUACUAAUGUUGAUCGAGAUGUCCCUGCAGAUGGAUCCUGAAUACCGCGUGAGAAAAUUUUUGGCCCUCUUAAGAGAAGAAGGAGCGUCUGAGAGACCAAGCAAGGAAGGUGGUUGUACUGUUGGUUUGCUUUCCCUGUCCUGCUUCACAAACCUUCCUUGCCACAAUGCGGGAAAAUCUUGAGGUAGCCCCCUUGACUUUGAUUGAAAAUGGACUGUUUGCAACACACAGUGACCCAGGGAAGUGACCAAGUUGAAGAUGGCCUGGGAUCUUCACUCAUCUUUCUCACGAGACUGGACUAAGUGGAACGUCUUCUACCUUCAACACAGGCUUGCUCUGCAUGAUUAGUGCAAUAAAACUCCCUUCCUUAUGCUUACUGAGAUAUUCUAGUGUUUCGUGGAAGGUGUCAAUUUGCUUUAGAAUGCUGUGCUUACCUUUCCAUGCAAGCUAAGACGAUUCCUUCUUACUCAGUCUCCAUGUGGAAAGCAUCCUGUACUUGUGAACACUACACAGUUUCAGCUCUCUGCCACCUCCACCCUCACCAUCCGAACACUCUCAAUAAAUGUAAUGAAUGUUGCAGGACAACACUUGGCCUAUAAGGUCAACUUUCUGCACACAAGCCAGGAGCAGUGAAUCAAGGUGUGGGACACAGGGAUCCUCUUACAGCUGUCCUGAGCUAACACUAAAGGUAGUUGGGUAUUUGGUAAAGGUUCUCCCACAAAACUGGUUGUUAUCUUUGCCUGAAGAAACAGGGUUUUGAAUAUCUAAGAUGCUGUUCUCAAUCAUUUUCAGAGAUGUUUCCAAGUUGCAAUUAGGAGAUCUUUCUUAAUAGAAAGUCAGAUUAUUACUGUGUUGGCUGUGACUUCCCCUUAAAGUAACUAAUUUGCUCUGUGGUAAGGGAUAUGCUAAUUAUUGCUUCUUGGUAGAUGUUAAAAACGUAUGAAAGGUAUGGAAAAGUGUACACCCCUAAACAGAAAAGAGUUAUUAAAACAAAGUAAUUUACAAGCCUCUCGGCACUAAUUAGUGUCCAACUCUAAGUGGGUCAGUUCCUUAGUAUAAUAUUAAAAGCUUAUUAGUAUCACUGCUUUUUUCCUUGGCUUAAUGACUUACUUGGAAUUUAUUCUUCCUUUAUUUUAAAUUAUCUGUACUAUCUAGUAUCUAAAUAAAACACUAUUCUCCAGAAAAAUAAGCCAUUUUCUAGCCCUCUCCCCUCAAUUCUUUACUGUCCAUUCCAGUACGUGAACAUACUUCCUUUACCUUCCACAGGCUUCUUCCAAGGGGAAGAAGAACUCGUUGAGUCCUUUUGAGGGUGAAUUGUCUCAUAACUGACUUAGAAGGGAUUUAAUUAGGUCAUCAUGUUUGGUGAUGAGACUCACGGAGCAUGCCUCUCUCUCUCUCUCUGUUGCUGCUUCAAGUUUGAGGACAAGCAUUCAGAAGCCACCCUGAGGUGCUUACACCACACACCACCUACAAGGCUUGUGGGCAUAGUGGCCCUUAGGUGUGGCUUUGUCAUUUGUCCCCAGGGUAAAAGGCAAAUCAUCUCCAAAUCUUGCUAACUAUGUGCUUUCGGUAGAGACUUGUAUGUCAUAUCUAUUUUGUCUUGAGUUUUCUUCCCUAGCUUAUUUUGUGGCUUUUUAAGAAGUGGAUUCUCUUGUGAGAUUCUGUGAUUCCUGGUGGCCAGUAUCCUGAUUCCUCCUCCCGUGAAAGCAGCACACAUUGUAUUAACUUUCGUCUCUUGUUAAAUGAGGUUAAUGUCUUUGUGUUUUGUCCAAAACUAUAUUGAAAAGUAUAAAUAAAUAUUAUAUUGUUUAAUUCAAAUGAAGGAAUGCAAUAAAGAGUAAAUAUACUUGAAAACA